AUGAAGUUAUCAGUUUUAGCCACCGCUUUGGCAGUCUGCUCAGCAGUUCUUGCCAACCCUGUGAACCCAGCCCAAGAUCUUUUGCACAAACGUGUCGAUAGCGCCAGUGCCGUCGGCGGCUCUGCUGCUACUACUGCUGAUGCUGCUGCCGGUAGUGCCAGCCCCGUAAGCGGUUCUAUGCCUGCUACUGCUACCACCCCUGCAGUUGUUAGUGGUAGUGGCAUCGCAAGCUCCAUCUCACCAUCCUCUACUGGCGGUGUUGGUAGUAAUACAACUGCUCCAGCUGCCGCAGCCGGUUCUUCCAACACUACUGCUCCAGCUGCCGCAGCCGGUUCUUCCAACACUACUGCUCCAGCUGCCGCAGCCGGUUCUUCCAACACUACUGCUCCAGCUGCCGCAGCCGGUUCUUCCAACACUACUGCUCCAGCCGCUGGUGGUUACUCAAACACCACUGCCGCAGCCGGUUCAUCCAACACUACUGCCCCAGCCGCUGCAGCUGGUUCUUCCAACACUACUGUCCCAGCCGCUGGUUACUCUAACACCACCGCUGCGGCAGGUUCUUCCAACACCUCGAGCGUCCCAGGUAAAGUCGUUGUUUUUGUUACUGGUGGUACUGUCGGUUUGAAAAACUCUAGUGAUGUUAGCAUCAUAACCCUAUUCAACUCUUCUCAAGCUCUGAACAUUACCCAGCUAUAUUCUUUGGCUGCUCGGGUCAAUGCUACUUUGGGUCUCGCAACUACUCAAAGCGUGGUUAUUGUUUCUAACGAAGAAUCUCUAGAGCCACUAGGUAUCUUCACCUCCUUACUGUUCAAUACCGACAAGCCUCUAGUCAUUGCUCAAAAUGGUGCAGUCGGUGUCCCUAUCGCUAAGCAAUCUUCUUCUUCUGCUCGUGGUCCUUUGGUCAUUGGUGACAACAAGUUGAUUUACCCAGGUGUAUUUGCUCCAUCUGGUGAUGAUUCCUCUUCUUGCGCUGCUGUAGGUAUUGCUUCUGAUUUCACCAACGCAACUUGGUUCUUUGAAUACUCUGUUCCAGCAUUAGUUAGUCCAAGUUCUGUUGUCAAGCAAAACUACUCUAACUUCACCAACUACAAUAUUACCAAUACCCCUGUGGUUCCAAUCAUCUACGAUGGAGAUUACUCUAGCCAAUUGAUCUCUUCUUUGCCAUCAGCCUCUGGUUUCGUCGUUGUUAGCUCUGGUUCUAACUCUACUUUAUCCACCGUUCGUAACAGUUCCUCUCCAAUCGUUUUCGCUGAAGCUGGCUCAAGCUUGCGCUACGUCGGAAAGGAAGACGUUCCAUCAGGAACCAUCCCAGCUGGUUAUUUGUCUCCAAUUAAGGCUCAGAUCUUGUUGUCAGUUGCUGCUGCUAACGGCGUGAGGGACCAACAAGCCUUGAGUUCUCUGUUCCCAUGA